GGCCUUACUUUGGUUUGGAAUCUGGUGUGGAGAUCGGAGUCAGGCUCGGCAACUCCUUUUCGUCCCCGAAAGCUCCGGCGAGGAUUCUCAUUCCUCGAAGAAGGAGGACGAGGGAGAAUAAGGGCGAGAGAAUCGAAUUCGACGGCCAUGGCGGUUUGGUUUUGAUGUGUGAACUCGACGGUCUUGGAACGAAUUUGGGAAAGAAUGGCGGCUAGGGUUCCGUUGCAGCACUUUGGUAUGAGAUCGGCGGCGAAUUCGUACAUCGGAAGCCCUUUGCACGAUCUCAACACCGUCGAUCCGCCGGCGGCGGACAUCGAAUCCAUCAGCGACGUUGACCGCGACGGCGUCACCGAGGAUAGCCUCGACAACGACGAUGACUCCAAUGCCGUUGUUAGUGACUGCAUGCAUGAGUCGUAUAGGAAUUCUUUACCACUUCACAGUGUAGGAGUUGAUGAAGAGCGCUCCAGCCUUGAGAAUAAUGGGCCUUCGCGGGGUGCCUUCGAUUUGUUGACUAUUGAAGAUGUCUCGCCUAUUGAAUCAGCCAGAGCAAGAUUUCUGCAAAUUAUUGUGGAUCAUUUUAUCCGUGAUCAUGUGAUUGAAGUUGCUGAGUCAGAGGCUGAUUAUAACGGUCAAUCUAGUCAAGACAAACUGAAUAAGAGGAAGGCUAGAGAGGUCCAGUAUGAAGGCGAUCCAAGGUUUGCUUUGCCCUUAAUGUACAUGGCAAACAUGUACGAAACUUUAGUUAAUGAUGUAAAUAUUAGACUUGCUUCCUUAAAUGGUAUUCGUGACAAGACAAUUGGGGUAGCCCUCGAAGCAGCUGGUGGUUUGUAUAGAAGGCUAGCUAAGAAAUUUCCCAAAAAGGGAACAUGCACGUUCAGAAGAAGAGAAUUGGCAACUUCUCUUGAAACAAGGACAAGAUUUCCAGAACUAGUUAUUCAAGAAGAGAAGCGUGUUCGGUUUGUAGUGGUCAAUGGGUUAGAUAUUGUUGAAAAACCUAAUAGCAUGCCGAUGGACGAUGCAGAGUGGUUUAAACGAUUGACAGGUCGGGAUGAAGUUGCUGUGUCUACUCGAGACUAUAAGUUCUAUUCUCCAAGACACAAGUAUAGGCGUGUUGCUUCAAGUUCUGUAUCUAACAUUCCUGGUUUACCUAGUUUUCCUACAAGUGAUAAUUCUUCCGUGUUGGGCACUACUCAAGGAUUCCGUGCAGUGAGUGAAACACAAACUCAGCAGCAUACUCCUUGCAAACAUCAUGUGCAACCACUGUUGCACCAACCGCAGUUUCAUCCUGUUCACCAGAAUCAUCAUCAACCAAUGCACCAAAGUCAACAUGCUGCCCAGUACUCUCAAAGCCAUCAAUGCGCUCCACCAUCACACCUGCCUGAACUUGGUCAUGCUCAUCAUUCGCCGACCAUGUCACAACACAUAGCUUGCUUACAACCCCUUACAGGAGGCUACGUUGGGGGACGUUUACAUGUACUGCCGUCCAGUCCGGCAAAGUUCUGUGAUCAAUGUGGGGCCCCUUAUUUGAGAGAAACAUCGAAGUUCUGCUCAGAAUGUGGCGCUAAGAGGUUGGGAAUAUGAUGGGAUUUUCUCCUUCUUUCUGAGGUGGGAUUUGUUUCUUUAUGAGGCUCCUCUCGUGCAGGCUUUUAAACGCUGAACGACAAAUUUGACCUUAGGUGAAUGAGUUAUCUGUAUGUUUAAAAAUGUAAAUUAUCAAUCUAAUAGAAAGUAGAACCUUUGCUCAAAAGACGAGAAGAGAGAAAAACGUUACGUUAUAGAAGUAGCAUUUAGCUUUUCAUAUAAAAGCCUGGAUUGGAGAACAGAAUUAUGCUGGGAUAUGUAACCUUUUUGUUAAAUGUGAGGAUCAAUUACAAAAAGGGAAAAUAGUAGAAA